GUCAUCUUCAAUUGUCAUCAGUUCCGUCACACCCCAAUUCUCACAGUCAAAACACUUGGAACCUUCUUUCAUACCCCACUGCCAUUUUCCCUUUCAUUUUUAACCUUAAUUUUUCCAUUUCCUCCUCACUCAACUUUCAAUCCUUCUUCUUUGUACAUAAAAAAAUUCGCAAAAUCAAAAAAAAUUUGAAGAAAGAAGGGAGAUGGGUUUUUCAAAGGAAGAGAAGUCGAGAAGAAUUUGGAGGGUAUUGAAAACAGUGUUUUUCUUGAUAACAAUGGCGAUUUCGUUCCUCGUAUUUUCUGCGCCGGUUUUUCUCGUUCUAGCCGAUGCCCUUUUGCCUUCGGCUUUGCUCUCUGCUUCGCUUUCGCCUUCUUAUUUAUCACUCCAAUCCCUUUCUUCCCAUUUCGAUAACUAUGAUUUUAGAUCUUCUCUCAUAGAUAUUCCCCUCAUAUCCAUCAUCAGAUCAGCUGUUAUAAUCUGUUUUCUGGGUUUUUUUUUUUUUUUUUUUGCAGUUGUUUACAGUUUUUGUGAUGGGCCAAAACUUUCGAGGGGACCAUACCUGGGAAUCACAAUGAUUUGUUCGAUUUCAUCGUUGGUUUUUGUUUCGAUAAAAGCUUCGUUUGUGUUCGGUUCGAGAAUUCCUAAAGAAGGGACGUAUGUUACAGCCAUGGAAACCGCUCUUUUCAUUUCUUCAUUGGCUUUGGCAAUUGCACACAUGAUUGUGGCUUAUAGGACAAGUUGCAGAGAAAGAAGAAAGCUCCUUGUCUACAAAAUUGACAUUGAAGCUAUUUCAGCUUGCAAGAAUGGGUUUCCAAGGUAUCAAAAGAUUCUCCAACAAGAAAGGGUGAAGUAAAUGCAAUAUUACCAACACUGAAAACGAUUUUCCUUUCCAAGAAACCUACCUGUUUUUGGCUCAUCACAUUCUUCUUUCCCACAUUUCAGAUUUAACCAAAACCAAUCAGUCGCUUGAAAAUCAAAGUGUUAACAAGCAGAUCACAGCCAGCAGAUACAUACAUAUAUAUAUAUAUAUAUAUAUAUUAUAUUUUGAGGAAAUGAUCGAACAUGCAAUGAUUUUGAGUGUACAGUUUGUAUUACAUCUGUAAAUAUUAAUUCAAAAACAAAGGAAGAAAUGGGCCAAAGGUCUUUUCCAUACCCCAAUUUUUUUAAAAUAUUUGAAAAAUAUUUAUAUUAAUUAUUAUUUUUGGGCCAAAA